UGCUCGCAUCAUUCACGUUAGCUAUGUGACUGUGUGGCUGCUUCUUCUGCUUCCCGGACCCCCUCUGCGUCCCGGUCUCUCCGGUCCGGCGUCUAUUCAGGAUGGAUCAGUGCAGAGCUAAACUGGAGCCCACCAGUCUGGUGAAGCUGUACGGGGAAUUUACGGGGACCAGUAACCGAAAAGGCAGGUGUGCCGUCAUCCUGACCGAGAAGGACCUCAUCGUCCAGAGGCUCACGUCGGCACCUGUCGGACGGAACAAGGUGGUGCUCAGUCUGAAGGACUGUGUCGGCUGCCGGGCUUACCGGGGAAAUGACAGUGCGGAUAAGGCAGCGUACUUAGUCGCCUACUUUUACCCGCUCAAACGGCGGUGGAUGAGUUCCAGGGUAUCGCGGCAGAGAGUGGAGCAGGGCUUUCGGCUCGCCUCGCUCCAGGACCCGCAAGCUAACCUGGAGGAGGCAGAGAAGUGGGCUCGCGCUGUCCGAGAGCGCUCUGCCCGGCAACAGUUCCCUAGAAACGGAGUGUUGAUGAGCCAAAUGUCCCACCCGUGCCAGAUGAUGCUGCUGGUGAACCCACAGAGUGGGAAAGGACAAGCACUCACGCUGUACAACAACCACAUCCAACGAAUGCUGAAUGAAGCCGGCAUUAAACACACUCUGGUUAUCACGGAGCGGCAGAAUCACGCUCGGGAGAUGGUGAAAGAGGCUGACCUGUCGCAGUGGGACGCUUUAGUCAUCAUGUCAGGAGACGGACUUCUGUAUGAGGUGAUAAAUGGUCUGCUAGAGAGGCCAGAUUGGGAGGAGGCCAUCCGGACACCACUGGGUAUCCUUCCUGGUGGAUCAGGCAACGCCUUGGCUGCAUCCAUACAUCAUUACUCUGGAGCCUCUCCUGUGACCAGCGAGGAGCUCCUGGUCAGCUGUGGCUUCCUGCUCUGCAAAGGUCUGGUGUCCCACAUGGAUAUGGUCUCCGUCCAUCUCUCCUCCAGCCCCCGUCUCUUCUCCUUCCUGUCUCUGGCCUGGGGCUUUGUAGCGGACGUCGAUAUAGAGAGCGAGAAGUACCGUCACUUUGGCACCGUCCGCUUCACCAUUGGCACGCUGGUGCGGCUGGCCUCUCUCCGUGUCUAUAAGGGCAGGCUGGCUUACCUGCCCGCCACCAAGGACCACAACAACGAGGAGGCUUUGAGGAGUAACACAAUGCUCUGCAAGGAUCGGGUCCCCCCUGUGACACUACCUGCUGUUAGAGACUCCUCCUUCCACAACUCCUGCCACUCCAACAACUCCCUCAAAGUGAGGCGGGUGGAGAGCACGCCUUCCCGAAGCGCCACCAAAGCCCUCCCCGGCCCACACGAUUCCCUGCUGCCACCUCUGGAUCAGCCGCUGCCCGACGACUGGGUGGUGGUCCCGGAGGAAGACUUUGUCCUCAUGCUGGCCAUGUACCAAUCCCACCUGGCAGAGGAUCUCCUGGCGGCACCGGAGGCCACCCCGGACGACGGCGUCAUUCAUCUUUUUUACGUUAGAGCGGGGAUAUCGCCCACCGCGCUGCUGAGGCUGUUCCUAGCUAUGGAGAAGGGUGCACAUCUGACUACUAACUGCCAACAUCUGGUGUACACUAAGGUGCGGGCGCUCAGACUGGAGCCGUACUCGCCCAAAGGAAUAAUUACAGUAGACGGAGAGGUGGUGGAGUACGGCCCAGUACAGGCUGAGGUGCACAGAGGCCUGUCGAGGUUAAUCACUGGAUGAGACUGAACAAUCUCGACUGCCCGCUUUCAUCUCUGCUCUGUGACGGCGUUUAACAAUAAAUGUGUUUCACCUGUCGCAUCAGGAGCUGUGCAGCUGCAGGAGCAAAGCAGCGGAUUCAAGCCUCCUGAUGUUAUUACAUUAAAAUGCCAUGAGCGGAGUGUUCAGUAUUAGACAAAUAAUGAAAAAAAACUCAAAAUAAUGCCAUGAAUUACACUAAAAUGACUUUUUUUAUUCAAGCUUAGCUUGAUAUUUUAUUAUUAAACAUUCUUUUCACAAUAAGAGAUUUUAGUACAGAUAUUUUGACCUGUAAAGCAACACAAACGGAGUCCGUUCAAAGUUGAUGUAAUUGGCUCAUUUCAAGCUCCAUACUAGAGUAACAUCAGUGGCUCCACAGUGUAGUGGUUUACACGCCCCAGUUCUAAUUCCAGGAAGAGACACAAAUCUCUAAACAUGCGUAAAGCCCUGUGUGAGAUUUGGGAACAGCCAAAACUGACCUUUUUAUUAUUCACAGUUAGCUUCCCUUCCCUUAAAACUGCUCGACGACAUCAGAAAGAUUCAAGAGUAGAGAAACAAAUGUCUCAAACUGAGUGUUCAGCUUAGUUUUUCCUCACUUCCUGAAGUCUGUGAAUAUGUUUCUUUAAUGGUUUUUGUUUUGUUUUACAACAUUUGAAAAAAGAGGAAAUAAACAUUAAUUUAGUAGCACAAACAAUUCAAAAAGAUCUGAUGUAACAGGCUGUUAUUGUGAAAAGAUUUCAUUUAAAAGUAUUAAGCAUCAUUAGGUUUUUAAUUCCGUUUAUUUAAUGUGACUGUUAAUUUAAUACUGAACACUCCGAAGCCAUGACUGUGUGAACUGACGGUAGUCCUGCCUCAUUUGAGCUAAAACACAAACACAUAAAGACCCGCACGUUUCAUCAUCCAUUCAUCAAACGUUCAGCCUCCGGAGAACGAAAAUCCAUCACCAUCUUUUUCCCGGCGUCUCGUUUCAUCGCGGCUGCACGAACAGCGAUGUUUGUCUGCGUUGCAGCAAACACAUCAGCCAGAAUUACAGCAUCUUAUGCAACGACGGGGGAUUAGUUUUCACUGGCCUUUACACUCCUCUGCAGUGCAGCGUGUUUGUGUCUGUUUGUGUGAGAGAGGCUGAAACUCGUAAAUGAAAGCCUUUAUGGACGUGACCUUCAGGAGGGAAGGUGCUCGUCUGUGUCAUGGGCGACGCCAAGGCAGGAAAACGUCUUUUUCUUCAUGUUAUCUUAAAGUGAACCCCAGCUAAGCACAUUGUAUAAAUAAUCAUUAGAUAAAAGUAUUUAUAUUUAAGUUAUUUAUAUUUAUUUUAUCAUGUAUUAGAGCUUCGUGGGGCGCUCCUGCACCAGCGUUCCUGGUUUCUGAUCAGAGGCUGUCACGUUGUUUCGCUCUCUGAAGAGUUUCUCAUUGUUGCCUUAAACUUGUUAACUUGAUCCUGUUUCUUGAAAGCACUAAAGGGUCAUUUCACACAUUCAGCCUCCCCAGUUCCCGAUUUUUAAACCAGCCACGUUAACUUGUCCAAGCAGAAUUGCGUCCAACAUAUCUUCAUCCAGCCUAGAGGCUGUGUGGGCCUCAGCAAGUGAAUCAAACCAAAAUUUAAGUAGAAGUCCUACUGGAACGUUGGGAAAUUGACUUUCAGCUGUGGAAGCUGCUGCCUGGCAUCCGUGGAUCCAGACUCAUCUGGGGGAGAGUUGUUCCCUGAUUGCCAAAUUUAAUAGAAUACAAAUACGAAUAUGUAUUCCAUCGUUUAAGUGAAUCACAGGUUAGAGCUGGGGUCACUGAUGGCGACAGGUGAGAGUGAAUGUAAAGAAGCAAUCCACCUUAAAACACACUAAACAAGCGGUCACACCCACAGAAAUCUCACACAGCUUUGGCACCGUUUUCACGUUCAUAUUUCCGUCGUGACUCAGACUUUCUUUUGGCACGAGAUUUUCAUAAAGCGGCAGGAAAACGGAGGAGGAAAAUUCGUUAGAGGUUUUGUUGACAUAAACAGGUUGUGAAAUCUGUGAGGCGAUUGCUGCGCUUCCAUCUUCACUUGCGACAGUUUUCAGUUUUUGUGUCUGUUUUUUUUGUUUUUGCAGGAUGAAACCGCUCCAGUGAAAAAUGUUCACAGGCACAUUUUGUGUGGAUGUGAAUUCUGAUUAAGCCAGAUUUGUUUUUACGCUCGCAACAAACAAAACUCCCUCAGCCGUGUCGUUGUGCUGCAUGCUGGACCUUAAAAGCCGCAGAGCUCUUUGCCCGUUUAGAAAAACCACUGCACCUCCAGCAAGUGUUUAAGUGCUCGCGGGUGGAGUUUCUCCCUCAAACAGCUGUGGCUCUGCUCCUCCUCACUUACGUGAUGCUUCUGUUUGUAUUUUUUUCCCCCUUGCCUCGCUCUCUGCCAUCCCGUCAUCCUCACCAUAGCACCCAUCAUCUUCUUCUGUUUUCAUCCAUCUAUUUGUUGCUUUCGGUGCCACUGCAGAGCAGUCACAGCGCGCACACAGUGGCAGAUUUAUCAUCACCGAGGUGUCCUUAGCAUUGAGCUUUAAAUCACAGAGAAAAUGACUGCAGAUUUCAAAAUGUUUGAACACUGAGGAGCCUUAAACAGGGGUUUUGGGUGGAGCUGGUUACACAGAGUGUGAGAGAGUGGACAUGGAGGAGGAGAAGGGGGAGAUAUUGACUUGUUAAAUGCUGCAUGAGGUGGGCGGUGUUGUGUUCCUUCCCCCUCACCCCGGGAAAUCAUUGGGGAACAUUAGUAGACUGUUCAGAUGCAGUGAGUCAGAGGAGGACGUGUUUCACUUCAAGCUGAGCAGUAAAAUGAGGGAGGGGAGAGGCGACGGUGAUCUUUAAGUCCACAUAAGAAGGAAAGUUGUGGAGCUUCGAUGUGCCUACAGAGUCGCAGUAAACAUGCUGAUGUUUCCAUGUUUUAUUCAACACGCCAACGACUGUUUGAAUCUGCAAAGGCUCAAUCGUUAGAGACCAAAAUUUGUUCCCUCUUCCGUGUUUUUUGCACAACGUACGCUUGUUGCCAACGCCACGUUAAAGCCUUCGUGGGACGUCGAGGUUGUGCUUCCAUAAUGUAAGUGAAUCACGGGCCCUAAUUUAAGUUUAUUCAAUCGUGCUGGAAACCUGCUCGGUCCAGCUGGAGGAUGAAGCAGGAUCAACCUGCUAUGAUGAUGUUCAAUUAUCUGGAAAUUUGACUAAAUUUAGAAGAAAAAUAAACCUGCUCUUAAGCAGCAGCAGGUUUUCUGCUCUGUC